CAAUAUUUUGUCCGAUGUCGCCAAAUUUAUUAAUCCGGACCACUAUGCGUCAUGUCCGGUAAACAUAUCAUUUUUGUUUUCCUUUCAUAAUUCUAUUUUUUAGGGGGCGACUAAAGACACCAGUUUCAUGAACAUAUUAGAUACUUUACUGGCCGGCAGCGUGGCCUUCGAACACUGCGCAUGCGCAUCAUUCGUUUAUCGAGCCUGCGCAUAACUUUCUUAAAAUUCACGCGGAGAAAAGUGGAGGGGAUUUAUGGCAGCCCUGCUUUACUCUGUCAUCGACGUGCAAGUUGCACGGUGCAGCCUCAGGUGGUGCAAAUUACUCGAAAUUAACAAUUACACGACGCACUUAAUAAUUUCAGAUUCCUGCUCGCUUCGCUCGGUUCACUUAUGCGAGACAACGCUUAAGCCUUUGAAGAGCACGUGGUAGGGCAUGUAUGUGUGCACACAUACGUGUAUUUACAUUUAACAAUCAAGAAUGUGUAGAAAUUUUACCAAUACAAAUCCGAUCUGCAAAGAAAAUACUCGAAGUUGUGAAACGUCAACGAAAUAUAUUCGUGUGUCGUCAGUUUCCAGUUGUAGGUAUAGAUGCUUUUCAAACACAAACGAGAUUUCGCUAGUGACUUGUGGCCGUUGUGGAAAAUACAGAAAGGGAGGGAAAAGCGAAGCAAGAAAUAAACAAGAGGAAAUGAAGAAACGAUUGGAGUAGAUGGAUGCGAUGUAUACAUGAAAAAUUAACGAGGAUGAGGAAAAGCGUAUCGUGAUCGAAUGAUAUUCGUCUUGGAUCUCCACAAGCACGGUUAUGAAGCAGUAAAAAGGGAUCUUGUUACUCCAGUUGUUCGAGAAACGUAGACUUGAGAAAUGGCUUCUAAUAUGCAGUCUUUCCCGCGAAUGCUGAAAAUGCUACGAGAAAAUAGCAACAUCAAAGACAAACGGGAAGCCUUAACCUAUAUUCGCAGCAACAGCAAAAAGUUGGAAGCAACGAAAACCAUAAAAGAGGAACAAUACAAAGAAUUGUGCAAACUAGUUAUCGAUGCUUUUGCAAAUGGAAACAGCGACAUACAAAAUGAAGCAUACGGAGCGCUAAAUGUUAUCAUUCGGGACUUCAAAGAACAUUCUUUGAAUUUAUUCGAAUGCAUGUCGCGGAUAAAUCAGAAAAAUAGAUUAAAAAUUUUGAAAUUAUUAGAAGUGGUAGAGGACAACGCGAUAUCUGUAGUUGCUUACGAUGCACAUACCGUGAACUUUUUUAAAUAUUGUAUGUGUACGAUACAAGAGAAUGCUAUGCCAUGGACGGCGCCAACUGCGUGCGUGGAUAACAUCGAAGCAUUGACAGAAGCUGAAAGUAGAACACUAUCGGACGACCAAAGAUUAGAAGAAGAAACUAUUAAUUACUGCUUAACUUUAUUGAGAAGGUUGUAUAAAGUGGCUGCAAUUACAUCGGAUAUUAAAGUUCAAAGGUUUAAUGCACUCUUAUUAGAUAAAAUAAUGGUAUUAGCCUAUAUGGGUCACAAGCGACAACGUGCUCCAGCUUUAAAUCUCUUACAACAAGCACUCGCUACAGAUAUAGCAUCGCACGUUCGUAAUAAACUACCCGAAGAAUGGGCUCAAUACAAAACUGCGUUGCAGUCCGUGUACUGCAAACGUAUGCUCCUUUUGGUAUCUAUGUGCGAGCUGGAUUGGGCUACGCAAUGGAACGUCAGCAUCCAGUUUCUCGGUGUGGAUCUUCAUCGCGGUGCUGGCUUGAUAAAUAACUUACUCAGCGUCGAAGAGAAAGCAUUCAAGUCUACAGACACAAUUAUACGCAGGCAAGCAUUCCUGUCGUGGAAGUUACUAGUGGAUAAUUUUGCGUUAGAUCCGCAAGAACUCGCUACUGCCAGACGGAUAAAGUUGCUGUGUACUCCUCUGAACGCUAAAAAUAGUAAAAACGAAUUGAUAGCACUGACAAAGUUGGAAGUCUGGUGGCACGUGAUCAUCAAGCUUUACAAGGACAUUCGCAAGUUCGUUAACCCAGUGAUCACGCAGUUCUUGAAUUUCUGCUUCGGGCCUCUAGGAGAUACGCCAUUGAUGUCUUCGAAAUUGGAUAUACUAGCUUCGCCAGGCAAAAGGUUCUUCAAGACAAAAGUUAUCGCCGUCGAUGCUCUAUGCCAACUUCUCGUCACGAAGCAAGAAAACACCGUCUUCUCUCCAAUCUUGGAAGAAAGGCUUCCGCAUUCUAUAUCAGAUUCCGUUUUCCAAGAAUGUUACAAGAGUAUUAUUCACAGCGUAGGAGAAGCUCUGCUCGUGCUCAGCCAACUCACAGAUGCGGAAAUGAAGAAUAGAUACCAGCUUGGUAAAAUAUUGUGGACGAGUUUGGUUAAUUAUAUACAAGAAACAAAAAUGGAAAAGAAGGAGCUUAUAUAUAAGGAUAUGAUACUGGUUAUUACAGAGCUGACAAAUUAUGCUUUGGACAAACCAAUGAUCAGGAACCUAAUUCUCGAUACAAUUUUGUUCGAGGUGGCUGAUCUUGGUCGAAAUUUCGAUUUUCAAGAUGAUACGUUGUUUGCAUUGGUGAUGAAGUUCUUGCAAACUCCACUAUUGAACGAAGCGAAACAUAAUCAUUUCGAGGGAUUGAAAUCUCUGCUUUGGCAAUGCAUUAAGUCGCAAAAAAAGAACGAAUAUUAUCCACACGCAUUUAAAUGCUUAAAAGAAAUAUACGAAAAGUUGCACAACUUGUCAUCCUAUCACAUUAAUUUUGAAGCUAAAUAUCAAAUUGUUACUUUCGAGUUGUGGCGUAUUUUGGUAGAAGUGCUGAUACAAUAUAUGGAUGAUUUGCAAGAUAUCAACGAGGGCAGUGCGACGGAACAUAAUUUAAAAACAGUCGAAUCGAUUGUAUCAUUUCCAUUCAUGUACAUACAUUUGCAAGAUAAGGAACAGGAGGAAGAGUUGUUGAUAGUUUGGAAACGUUUGUAUAAACAAUUCGAAAUGCGAACAGACCUUAUGCCAACUGUAAAAACUAACGAAAUUUUAUUAAACACCACAAACGCUAUGCUCCGUUGCGUAGAAAGAAAUAAGAGAUGUUACCAUCUCAUUAUACAUUGUUUGGAGACUUUGUUGAGUAUCGUCAACUAUAAAUUUCUUUUAUCAAACGGAGAAGUUCCGUCUAUUAUGCACCUUAUCUUGAAAAUCAUACCUUACACAUUGUACAGUAAUCGCGUCGCGGAGUGCGAAAGUGUUCUCAAAGCUUUCUCUGCGGUACUCGUUACGAUCUACGGUCACAAUCCUAACAAAGUGACGUCGUAUUUACAAGUCUGUAAGCCAGUCAUCGAACUGAUCCUUUCGACUGAACAAGAAACAGGAUGCAAAGAGAUAGCGAACACAUGGGAGAUCAUCGUUACUAUCCUCAAAGACCUUUGUAAGUUGAUCAACUAUGACUUUGCUCUGUCUUUCAAAAAAAUUAUCGAUUUAGCUGUAAACCAUCCGAAUCCUGACAUACAAGCUCAGACAACGUCUCUCUUCGAGACGCAAAAUACAUCAAGUAAUAACGCUAAAGUAAUAUCGGAAGAAAAAGACGCAAGCAGACGCAAGACGACAAACGAAUUGGACACCGCGAAGAAGAACGAAGAUGGAAAGCCGUCGAAUCAAGUCAAGACAGUUGGCAAUUUCUCGAACAGACAGUCUACUAAUCAAAAAGGUGUAUUCAAAGGAACCGAUAAAAGCGACAAGAAGAUAUCGCCUGACUCCGAUUCUCAGGAUUACGUCUUCAUCAAGACAGAUCUGAAAUUUGACGUUUCUCGUUUGACUGAACAUCAGAAGGAGAGCUUUAAACGUAGGAGAGAGGAUAUCCCAGCGUUGUACAACGAUUUGUCGCAGUCUUCGUCGCAAGACACUCAAAACUUGCAAGAAUGGUUCGACAAGAAAAAUCAAGCUCUAGAGGAAACGGAGAGGACGAAUGCUAAGAAGGAUGGUAUCUCGAUGAAGAAUAUUCUCAACGAUGAUGCGAACAAGGAAAAUAAAAUUGCAGUGGACCCGGAAGUUAUCACCAAAGCUGUCGUUCAGAACGAUACCAAGCUGACAGAAAGUGCUGGACAGAACGUAUCGUUGGAACCCAUCCAAAAUCCAAAGGGUUGCGUGGAUAGCAAUGAUAAUUCGUGUCCAGAAAAUGUAAAAAGUUCAUUAGACGCAGCAACAAACGACUCGCUCGACUCUCAGGAAGAGUUUUCCACGAAUAAAGACAACGAAAGACUUUCUCCAUCCAUAUUAGACAAUGGCAAACGACGUAAUCGUCACAGUAACGUCGCAAGACCUGGUGCUUUGCCAGAAUCCGAAGAAAUUAUUAACGAACCAGAGCAAUCGAAUGCAGUUCUGCAAAGAACAUCAAAAAUACCAGUAGUUAAACACAAAUCGAACACGAUUAACAAACAAAAAUUGUCUGGUAACAUGGAAAAUAAACCACUGGACGAGGAGAAGAGAGGCGUCAAGCGAAAGGCAUCUUCUGACAGCGAAAGCGAGGGAACUAUUCAGCGUCGUAGAAGGAAACUCAUGCCGUCUGAGGCUGCCAACGACAGCGACAGCCCUAAAUUUACAGAAAGCGAUAACACAGCUGUGCAGGAAGACGGAAUUGUCAAGAGUGGGAACGUGAAUCGACGUAUCAAAAAGGAAAUAUCUCGACUACGUAUUAACAUGGUAUUCGAUACUCCUUUGACGAGGAGUCGCAGAUCCAAGAGCCACGAAAGGCGCACGUCUGAAAGCAACGGUGUCAAAAGAGGCAGACCACCGAAAGUGAAGCUAAAAUCAGAGGUAAACAACGAAUUUACCAAGAUUAAAGACAUCAAAAUCACUUGGGGGGACAAGAAGAAUGAAGGGGAAGAAGAGAACAACGUGCAAGGAGAAAGAAAAGAGGAAGAGAAUGAAGUAGAAGUUAAGCCAUCCAACCAAGAUGAUGUUAAGCCAUCCAACGAUGAUGAUGUUAAGCCAUCCAACGAAGAUAACGUUAAGCCAUCCAACGAAGAUAACGUUAAGCCAUCUAACGAACCUGAUACAGUAGUCAAGGACUUUAUACCAUGCGAUUGCGUUCACAGCGUAGACAAUGACUCGAACGAGAACGUCAAGAAGGCUCAAGACGUUAAAUCAGUCGACCAACCACAGGAUGACACUCAAGAUAUAAUAGAAAAUUCACAGGAACUACAGAAGAAAUGUAACGAGAAACAAUGUUUUAUUAAAAUCAACAAGAUUGGCGAUAUUCGUCAGACAACAAAGAUUCAAGAAAUUACUGUCGAAAUCGAAAACGUGAGCGAAAUUGCUUCAAGUAAUUGUGAUAAUGACAACAAAGAAGUUCCUAAAGAUAAUCAGGAACUGGAAGAAGUCAGUGAAGUCAACGAACCAAAGAUUGUGUCUCAGGCUAUCGACAACAGCCUGUGCGAUAACGAAGAAGAUGAUAUAUUUGAGAUACAAAAAGUAAGUGAAGGGUAUUCGAUCAAGCCUGUUUUGGGGUAUAUGUCCCCAAAGAGUACUAUCAAUCGUCACUUGAAAUACAAACCGUACUCGACGCAAGGACGUGCAGCGCACAUGUUAGGUCUAGUAACGAAACAGGCUAAAAUGGAAACCGAAUAUUACAGCAUAAAUUUUGACGAGGAAUCUAUAAUAAAAAAGACUAAAACUAAAGACGCAGAUGAGACAAUUGGAAAGAAGGAUCGAGGACCCGCUUUCAAGGAAGCUGAUAAAGUAACAGCGUCGUGCAGUAGCCGACAAGAAAAGAUCUUCAGCAAUAUGAAAUCUUCGGAUUAUUGUUUAUCGCCUCCAAUGAAACUGUUCUCCAAUUUGAAGAACGACGGCGAAAAGAUUUUUUCAAAGGUAGACAAGUCAACGGAUUGCGAAUCUACAGAAACUGACGAUCACGUUGAGAACGUGGCCGAAGAGACUCUGUUAGAAACGGACGAAUUGCCAAUUCUAGAGUGGUCAAGUGCAAAUCCACCUUCGUUAACAGCAUCUCCCAGUGUUAGCAUUCUUAAAAGACAACGACAGACUGGUCCAGAACCUGAUGCGGAGUGUGUAACUCCCAGCAAGAGAAAACGAGUGAGUUUCGCUGACCCUCCAGUUUCAAAAGAGAUGGGAUACGAUGUUUCGACCAGUGAUUCCUCAUAUAAAGCUAAUAAAUUGGUUUCACGUGGUCUACUAGGGCGCAAAGAUACUCCGUUAAGGAUGAAACCGACAAAGCAUAGGUUGAUACGAUACGACUCGGAGAAACUGGGCAAAGAAGAAGCAGACAUGCAUACGUCUGAAAUUGAUUUACAAUGCGAAAGGGAGAAUGAAUUACUAACGAAACUGGCUGAGGAAAUGGAAUACUCCGAGAACAUGACGAUGGAUACCGAUAUCCAAGGAUCAAACGUAAUUCCUCCAGAAGACAACUGUAUUAGACUUAACAUUGACAAUAUAAGUACCACGUACGAGAUUACUCAAGAUACAACGUUUUCUAAAACUACAGAAUCGAAUAGGAACAAAGCGGAUCAGGAGGAAAAUGACGCAGCGUUGGAGUCGAAGAAGGAAUCCAAUGUUAGUAUAAAAUGUAAUGAAUUAGACGAGUCUGCGACGCAAGGUUGUGUAUUCAACGGAAAGGAUACGAGCAACGUCGACGACAAACUGAAUGGCGUAUGCGAGACGCUCGCUGAAAACAAUACCCUGGAUUCUCUCGGAUUCAUCAUUGGAAACGAUUCCUUGAGAAAUCAAUCAUCCGAUAAACAUUCGAGCAGCGAAAACUUGGAGGACACAGUGGACGCAGCGAAUCUGACCAGCCUGAAUUCCACCGCAAACUCUGAUGAAAUUUUCUGUGGAAAAUUAAUACGAACCAGUACGCAAGCAGCAAGUACGGAAGAACAGGAUACCUUGUUGGUUACAGAUUCGGUAUUUGGGAGUUUGCCGAUGAGCCAGGACAGUCAACCUUCAAACGAAUUUGACGUAGAGAUUCCACAUCCAGAGUUGCUAGAUUCCAUUCAACCUAUAUAUCCUUCGUUGAUAUCUUGCUCAGAACCCAUAGAUCGCGUCAUCGAACAGUUGACCAAUCCACUUUGGAUACAGAAUUUAUCCACGCAUUUGAAAAAUAGAAAAAUUCAAACCAUGGGGGAUCUGGCACAGUUGUCUGAACGAGAAGUAAACAGACUUCCCGUGAAAGGUAACUCGAAAGUUGAAUUUGUAAAAAGCGUAUUAAAGUGUUUCGAAAAGACGUAUUUUGUAAAGGAAACGAGUAGUGCAAUCGAGCAUCUGGAUGUUGCGAACAACGGAACGUAUUCUAUAGAUACGAAUGCACCUGGGUCCACAUCGAAACUAGUACCUCAAGACGAAUCGUUGCAAACGAGUUCUGUGACAACACAAACUGAGGCAGAGAAUCAGGCUGCUCUCCUUGUUCGGCCAAAUUGUAGCAAAAUCGUCGAUAGUGACGCAUCGGAAACGUCCAAAAAUGCGAUGGAAUGUACUUUAGACGAAUGCGAAUCUAAUCUAGCCAUAUCAUCCGUUUCAAACUCAUCAAAUCUUACAACUACACAAGCGAUAAACGAAUCAGAAGCUGUUGCCGAAAGCCCCAGCUGUUCCAAUAGAAAUGGAAUUUCUACGAUACCCUUGAUAGUGAAAACUGUUGGCACUUGUACCAGCGAGGAUUUCAUUUGCUUACCGAGGAUGACAGCCAAGGCCACGAAGUCAGUCUCAGCGCAAAUGGCCUUGGAAGACCUUUUGGACGAGAUAGAUGUUAAUUUAGUUUUGGAAAGCGCUGCUAGGAGGUGUGGGCCAGAGAAACUUCUCAUGCAGUACAAGAACAAAAUGAAGCACCUGUCACAAGUGGAGAUUGAGAGAGACGCUAUAAGAAUGCUCGGCGCUGAACCGGUAAAGAUCAACACAGAAGUGACAUUGAAAGCCGCCUGUCGUGCUUGCGGAGUCAACAAAGUCCUCCUGCGACUCCCAGACAUCUUCAGCGCCGAUAAACAGUUCUUCGUAAAAGUAUUGAACGCGUACCGCAAGAAAAUAAAAACUAGCGACUGCUUGAACAUUCUCGACUUGGCGGAAGUCAAGGAUGUCGUUUGCCAAAAAUGCACGUCGUCGGAACUCGCCGAGAUGUUGUCGAGGAAACUGAAAGAGGAAGAGAAAGAGGGGAUACGAAAGCCCAUGGCGGAAUUGUCGAGUCUGGACGCCAUGCUGAAGAGAAUGCCCAUGGAUGUCAUUAUCAGUCACACUGUGGCGAACGAUGAACUUAUUCCUUCGUGCGUCGUAUUAGAUAUAGCCUUGCAAAAUAAUAGCUCGACCGAUAUAACGAAGGCGUUGGAAUCUCAAACCCCUCCCAUGACGAAAAAUGUUUUCGAUAAACUUUGGUCUUCCGAUCUCGCGGUGAAACACCUCGAGGAGUUCGGUAAAUCUAAAGAAGAGCUGCUUAGCAUAUUCAAAGUUGUCAGCUCCAAGCUCGGCCAGCAAGACCUCCUGCAAGCAUUUUACGAAUCCAUGAACGCCAAAGUAAUGGUAAACGAGGAAAACAACUAAAUUGUACAUGUCUCUGAUCAUACCGAUCCAUGUGUCUGACUGAUAUUUAUUAUUAAUAUUAACUGCAAUCAGAGUUCACUUUUAAUUAAUUAAACCCUGCUUUUGAUAUCGACACAUGUUACAGGUUCUUUCUUUUGUAGUAUUUCAACCAAAUUAUGCGGAAAAGUAUUUACGAAAGUGGUAUUACAUCGCAGCAUGACGUUUAUUUACAGGCUUCCAAUAGAAUAGCGGACGUACUUGGUGAAACGAUAGUUUCUUUCUUGCUGUAAUUUAAUAUUUUCGAAUGCAAUUGUAUUACGCUAGUGUCGAAGUUCAACAAUACUUAACUAUAUAAGAUUAUACCGAUCACAAUAGCUGUAUCAUACUUUCACAUAAAUGUUUGUUACUAAAGUAAGUCACGCGUUUUAUUUAAAUACAUUAAUAUCUUAUGAGUUGAACAAUAAAAUGUAAUAUGUUUAUUUUUA